GGCCCGAGUCCCUUUUUCAACCUUCACUGCGAGCACGGUAUCGAGAGGGGCACCUUCAAGCAGGGGUCGAUAAAGAAGCACUUGCAAUAUUUAUACACACAUUCAAGAACAAUGUCCUUCCUCUCUAUCAGCAGACUAGCCCCAAGGCUCCUCAGUUCAAAGAAUGCAGCAUGCGUCGUUGUGGCUGCCAGAAAUGUCAGCGCAUCCACGAAUUUGAAAGACGUCCUGGCAGACCUCAUCCCUAAAGAACAGAGCAGGAUCAAGAACUUCAAACAGCAGCAUGGCAAAACCACAAUUGGUCAGAUCACAGUGGACAUGGUUUAUGGAGGAAUGCGAGGCAUGAAGGGUUUAGUGUACGAGACCUCUGUGCUCGACCCUGAUGAGGGCAUCCGUUUCCGUGGUUACAGCAUUCCAGAGUGUCAGCAGCUGUUGCCCAAGGCUCCUGGUGGAGAGGAGCCGCUGCCAGAGGGUCUGUUCUGGCUGCUUGUCACAGGACAGGUGCCCACUGAGGAGCAGGUGAGUUGGUUGUCUAAGGAGUGGGCUAAACGUGCGGCCCUUCCCUCUCACGUGGUCACCAUGCUGGACAACUUCCCCACCAACCUGCACCCGAUGUCUCAGUUCAGUGCCGCCAUCACGGCUCUGAACAGCGAGAGCAGUUUCGCUCGGGCUUACUCUGAGGGAGUUAACAAGGCCAAGUACUGGGAGUUUGUGUACGAGGACUCCAUGGACUUGAUCGCCAAGCUCCCUUGCGUGGCGGCAAAGAUCUACCGUAACUUGUACCGUGAAGGAAGCAGCAUCGGCGCCAUCGACUCCAACCUGGACUGGUCACACAACUUCACCAACAUGCUGGGCUACAGCGAUUCACAGUUCACAGAACUCAUGAGGCUCUACCUCACCAUCCACAGUGACCAUGAGGGUGGAAACGUUAGUGCGCACACUAGUCACCUGGUAGGCAGCGCCCUUUCUGACCCCUACCUCUCCUUCAGCGCUGCUAUGAAUGGCUUGGCCGGACCCCUGCACGGAUUGGCCAAUCAGGAGGUGCUAGUGUGGCUGACAGCCCUGCAGAAGGAGCUCGGUGGUGAAGUGUCUGAUGAGAAAAUGAGGGAUUACAUUUGGAACACCCUCAAAUCGGGCAGAGUGGUGCCAGGUUAUGGCCACGCUGUUCUGAGGAAGACAGAUCCUCGCUAUACCUGUCAGCGUGAGUUUGCCCUCAAGCACCUUCCCAAUGACCCUAUGUUCAAGCUGGUAGCUCAACUCUACAAGAUUGUACCCAACGUGCUUCUGGAGCAGGGCAAGGCCAAGAACCCCUGGCCCAAUGUAGAUGCACACAGCGGAGUCCUGUUGCAAUAUUAUGGCAUGACUGAGAUGAACUAUUACACUGUGUUGUUUGGCGUAUCCCGAGCUUUGGGCGUCCUCUCUCAGCUGGUGUGGAGCAGAGCGCUCGGCUUCCCCUUGGAGCGUCCCAAGUCCAUGAGCACGGACGGACUCAUGGCUCUAGUUGGGGCCAAAUCAGGCUAGAGAGUGAGAGACCAUGCCAGCAGAGUGGGGACAGGAAGGGGAAGAGCCUAAUCUAUUAGAAACAAGCCCCCAGGCUAAGGGAUUUAAAGAGACAGUACACUUUUAAAUUUCAUCUAAAAAGGGCCUUUGUUAUUAAUGUAACAUCAAGAUUACACAUCUCAUUUACACAUUUAUUAGUCUUUCACUCCCAGAAUUUACAUGUAAAGCUACUUUUUCAGAUGAAAUGUGUAGACGCAUUACACGGUCACUGCUUGCAGUGGCUCCUUUUAAGUAUUCCCACAGAUUUAUCCGACCAUAUGAUGCAGCUAUGGAUGUAGCGAGGUGGUGUUUUGGAGAAGGCAGUGUUAUUGACCAAGAAAGAUGCGUCUUCCCAGAAAUCACUUCUCUCCUUAUUUAAACUAAUAAUGGUUAUUAAAUACUAGUAAAUAAGAGGUAGUUCACAUAGUAUGUAAAUACACCCUUAAUCCUCAGCUCUCACACCAAUUAUAUCACUUUUAGUCUUUGUAUUUUUACUCUCCUGAGGUCAGAUGUUCACUUGAGCCUCUGUUUGUGUGAGGAAAUGAAUUGUCAAAACCCUGCUCUGAGCCGGUCAGAUAAUUUGACAAAGUUUGACUAGGCGUCCCUCUCGUUUCUCCUCGUAAGAGCACUCCACGAUGGCAAUACGGUCCUCUCUCAACAGAAUUGAUUCUAUGAGUUCAGUUCAACUUGGGUAGCUUGUACAUUUGUUUAAAAGGGUACUGCCCCUUUAAGUUAUCUCUCAUAUUGCUCUCUGACUUCAACCAAUCGUCUUCAUCUUCCCGUCUGUUGUUUGUAAGCACCUCUUUAUUUGAAAUGACCAGUCCUCCUUUAUUUCAUCAGUGAACAUAUUGGCUUUGAUUUAAGUUUGUGUCAUUCACACAAGUUAUGUACCAACUUGAGAGCAAAGGCACUCAAAAUCUGCCACUUUUUACCUGUUUUAGUGUCUCUUUUUCCCAGUGUUUUGAAGAAUGAUGUCUUGUAUAAAAAGGAAAGCUAUCAUUUUGUGUAGGUAUACAUAAGUUGUGGUUUUAUUUAUUCAUGUAAAUAUAGCUUUGAAUGUAUGAACUGCAUAUCAAAACACUGUCACACCAUCCCUGUUAUUCAAACCACUUUUCUGUAAUGGCUCUCUUAACCCUUUAUUUUAAGUAAACUAUACCUUUAAUAUAAUUUAAAACAUGACUUGUACUGCUGUGACGCACAUGGGUCCUGCUCUCUUGCACGCUUGCUCUCAGGUUUUUUUUUUUUUUUUUUUUUUUGGAUAAUCUAGCAGCUAUUUUAGCUAGUCGGUCCAUAAGCACUCCAUUAACUCAAUGGCACUUUCCCCCCCAAUCAUCAUUUCCCACUUAUCUAAUAGCGUGAGAAGAAUUGUCUGGUUUGCUGUGCCCUUUUUUGUUUUCAUCAUGAUGUACGUGAUUGGUUGAUGCGAUGUCGGGUAAUUUAAAUAACGAGGAAUGUGAAUGUGGAGAUGAUUGGUUGAAGUCAGACGCACCAGGGGAAUUGGGGAGGGGAACAAGAAAUGGGGAGGGGGUUGAUUGGGGAAAAAGAAGCUUAGGCGAACAAAGAGAAAAAUAUCGGAAAACUUGACAAAAAAGGAAAACCAAUAAAUGUUUUUAACAAA